AUGGGGAUAAUUGAUGAUAUCAAGGAGACACUAUCCAAAGCAGUGUUUUCUCCUGGUACGCUGUUGUCUGGACGCGGCGGGCUGCACAUGGCUCAGAUCAUCCUGUCUCUGGUUACCUUUAUCCUGGCUAUCUUCAGAGGAGCGAGCAGCCAUACCUACUGGAGCUACGCCAUGUUCACUUGGGCCUUCUGCCCCAUCAUGACCCUCAUCAUCACUAUCAUCGAAAUGUUUAAACUCGAUAUUGCACUCAACAUGUUUUGCAUGGACUGGCCUGACUUCACCACAGGCAUGGCCAUGUCCUCCACGCUCAUGACUGUUUCUGUCGCCAUCACCUACGCCAACUUCUACGCCUGCCUGAAAUGUCUGUACGGCUGGAUAGUGAGUGUGUUUGCUUUUUUGUGCUGUUUCGUUUACACCCUUGAAGUGAUAAAGGACAAAAUCCUGGACAAGAAGAAAGGGAGCUACCUCGCCAUUCUGCCUGGAUUCUUCAAAGUAAUGGAGGCCUUUGUGAGCUGCAUGAUAUUCAUAUCACUGACCGGCUACAGUAACAAGCCGGCUCUGAUCGCCUGCAUUAUUGCGUACGCCAUUCCCUUCCCCAUCCUCCCAGUCAUCAUAGCCACCAACAUCCUGAAGAAGCUUAAGAUGUGUUUGCCUUUUAACUUGGACAGGUUUGUGUUUAUAUUCCUGGUCAUCUCUGUUGUGCUGUACAUCUUCGCUGCUAUAGUUUGGCCAAUUUUUAUGUUCAGAAACAACCCUCGUCCCAGCGACUGUCCGCCCAGCUUUUGCAUCUGGGCCAUUCAGUUAGUGGUUGCAGUCAUGACCUAUGUGAAUCUCAUUCUCUUUACACUGGACCUCAUUUUUACCUUGCUUGGUAUCUGUGGCUUUAAACGUGGAUAA